GUCAGGGGGGCUGCGGAAAGGGGCUGGGCUGGGCUAGACUGGGCUGGCUGCUGCUGCAGGCCAGGAGUGUGAGACUUCCAGAGCGACUGAGAGAGGGCAGACGCAUCCAGGACUCCUUGCAGAAGGCCAAACUCUAAUCAGAUCAAUUUGAGAGAUGUCUGAGAGGAGAGAGAGUGGUACGGGUUCAACCCACUUUCAGGCUGAAGCUUCAGAAAAGGUCACUGACCUGAGAAUGCAGAGCCAGCUGACAGUGAACCAGAAUUUGGAGGCCUCAAAGACACCAAAGGCCUCAAAGACACCAAAGAUCUCAGAGACCAAAAAGGUUUCAAAUACCACAGAGGUCUCAAAGGUUACAGAGGUCUCAAAGAUCCCAGAGGCUCAGGAGGCAGUUGUUGCUACCGGGUCCUCACCUACCGCUAAGCUGACUGAAACCCAAGUUCUGGCAGCUGAAAAGGACAGUCCAACUGCUGACACCAGGAUACAGAAUGAUGACACAAAGGUUAUGACAAUACCUGUCACCAAGACCAAAAAGGACAGCUAUGUGGCUGAUACGAAGGUCAAUAAUACGAAGGGCCUGAAAACAGAGGCUGCUGCCUCUCAGGCUCCAGCAGAUGAGCCUGAACCUGAUGAUGCAGCUGCCCAGGCUCAGGAGAAUCAGGACACUCGGCCUAAGGAGAAGGCCAAGAAAACCCAAAAGGUGAAGCAUCUGAAUAGUGAAGAGGAUGGCAACAGUGAUCAGAGUCAGGAUUCUGAGACCAUGGGAAGCCGAAGGAUCUCAAAAGCCCUAAUGGCCUCAAUGGCCCGUAGGGCUUCUAGGGGCCCUAUAGCCUUUUGGGCACGCAGAGCAUCAAGGACUCGGUUGGCUUCUUGGGCACGGAGAGCUUUGCUCUCCCUGAGAUCACCUAAGGCCCGUAGGGGCAAGGCCCGUCGCAGAGCUGCUAAGCUCCAGUCAUCUCAAGAAUCUGAAUCGUCACCACCUCGGGAUGUAGCCCUUUUGCAAGGGAGGGCAAAUGAUUUGGUGAAGUAUCUGUUGGCUAAAGACCAGACGAAGAUUCCCAUCAAACGUUCAGACAUGCUGAAGGACAUCAUCAAAGAAUAUACUGAUGUGUAUCCUGAAAUCAUUGAACGAGCAGGCUAUUCCUUGGAGAAGGUAUUUGGUAUCCAAUUGAAGGAAAUUGAUAAAACUGAUCACUUGUAUAUUCUUCUCAGCACCUUAGAACCCACUGAUGCAGGAAUAUUAGGAACGACCAAGGACUCACCAAAGCUGGGUCUUCUCAUGGUGCUUCUUAGUAUUAUCUUCAUGAAUGGGAAUCGGUCCAGUGAGGCUGUCAUCUGGGAGGUGCUGCGCAAGUUGGGGCUGCGCCCUGGGAUACAUCACUCACUUUUUGGAGAUGUGAAGAAGCUUGUUACUGAUGAAUUUGUGAAGCAGAAGUACCUGGACUAUGCCAGAGUCCCAAAUAGCAAUCCCCCUGAAUAUGAGUUCUUCUGGGGCCUGCGCUCUUACUAUGAGACCAGCAAGAUGAAAGUCCUUAAGUUUGCUUGCAAGGUACAAAAGAAAGAUCCCAAGGAAUGGGCAGCUCAGUACCGAGAAGCAAUGGAAGCAGAUAUGAAAGCAGCAGCUGAAGCUGCAGCUGACGCCAAGGCGAGAGCAGAGAUUAGAGCUCAAAUGGGCAUCGGUCUCGGCUCUGAGAAUGCUGCCGGGCCCUGCAACUGGGAUGAAGCUGAUAUUGGACCCUGGGCUAAAGCCCGGAUCCAGGCAGGAGCUGAAACUAAAGCCAAAGCCCAGGAGAGUGGAGGUGCCAGUGCUGGUGUCAGUGGCAACUUCAGUGCCAGCACCAGCCUCACAUCCACUCUUACCUUUGGGCUUUUUGCAGGCCUUGGUGGAUCUGGUGCCAGUGGCAGCUCUGGUGCCUGUGGUUUCUCCUACAAGUGAAAUUUCAGAUAUUGCUAAUUCCAGCUGUCUUUCUUUUUGAGUCAGGGUGCGUCCUCAAAAACCUACUCAAUACAGCACUCUAGACAUCAGUCAAUUUAAGUUGACACUAUAUUAAACGUGUUUGCCACUCCUGA